CAUUUUCAACCGAGUGAUCAGAAUCAACGGCUUAGAUAAUUCCCAGCACUUUUUACCCCUUCUUCUUUCCCCUAUUUCAAAUUCAAAUCUCAUCAUUUCUUCAACGGCUAGUUUCUUUUCUUUUCGUUCUCUUCUCUCUUGUCUAACCCUAUCCCUAAAAUCCACCAUUUUUCUCAUGUACUAACGAUGAAGCACAACGUACAACAACCAAGAAGCACAAUCUUAAGGGAGAAUCACGAAGCGAUGCCGCCAGCGAGUCCAAACCCUAGCUCUACUACGAAGCAGCAGCAGAAAUGGCUAACGCCACCACCGUACCGGAAGAACAAGUCGUCGUCUAAAGAGAAUGCUAAUCCCAAUUCAGAUCUGAAUUCCUCACCGGCUGUUACCGGUGUGUUAAAGAUGAAGAGUCCGUUACCGCCUCGGCACCCUAAUUCCAAUCCUUUAAAGCGGAAGCUCAGUGUUGAAUCGGAGAACGGCGCCACCGUUGCUGCUGGAUCUUCUGACUCUGGCGUCAAAGUUAUAGUGAGGAUGAGGCCACCAAUCAAGGAUGAGGAAGAGGGUGAAACUGUUCUCCAGAAGGUCUCUAAUGAUUCUUUGUCAAUAUCGGGACAUACUUUUACAUUUGACUCUAUUGCUGACACCCAAUCAACACAGCUAGAUAUAUUUCAGCUUGUGGGAGCUCCUCUUGUUGAAAAUUGCCUUGCUGGAUUUAACAGCUCAGUAUUCGCUUACGGGCAGACUGGUAGUGGAAAGACAUAUACAAUAUGGGGACCAGCCAACGCAUUGUUGGAAGAAAACUUGGCAAGUGAUCAACAAGGCUUGACACCACGUGUUUUCCAACGACUUUUUGAACGAAUUGAGGAGGAGCAAAUUAAGCAUUCUGACAAGCAGCUCGUGUAUCAAUGUAGAUGCUCUUUUCUUGAGAUAUACAAUGAGCAAAUCACUGAUUUGUUGGAUCCUAGUCAACGAAACCUCCAGAUUAGGGAAGAUGUGAGGACUGGUGUCUAUGUUGAAAAUUUGACCGAGGAAUGUGUUUCUACCAUGAAGGAUGUGACAAAGCUUUUGAUGAAGGGCUUGUCAAACAGGAGAACUGGCGCUACUAGUAUAAACGCUGAGAGUUCACGUUCUCACAGUGUAUUUACUUGUGUUGUUGAAUCACGAUGCAAGAGGAUGGCCGAUGGCUUAAGCUGCCUGAAGUCAAGUAGGAUAAAUCUCGUAGAUCUUGCCGGGUCAGAAAGGCAAAAGCUAACUGGUGCAGCUGGAGAACGCCUGAAGGAAGCUGGGAACAUCAAUCGCUCCCUAUCACAGCUGGGGAACUUGAUAAACAUUCUAGCAGAAGUUUCCCAAACAGGAAAGCAUCGGCACAUUCCAUAUAGAGAUUCCAAGUUGACUUUUUUGUUACAGGAAUCUCUUGGUGGAAAUGCAAAACUUGCAAUGAUAUGUGCCAUUUCUCCGGCCCCGAGUUGUAAGAGCGAGACUUUCAGUACCCUGAGAUUUGCCCAACGAGCAAAGGCAAUCAAGAAUAAGGCAGUUGUCAAUGAGGAAAUGCAGGAUGAUGUAAAUGUCUUGAGGGAAGUUAUACGACAGUUAAAGGAUGAGCUGAUAAGAGUGAAGGCCAAUGGCUCUCAAGCAGAUCAAAAUGGAAAUUAUUCAUCAGGGUGGAAUGCGCGUAGAAGCUUAAAUCUUUUGAAAUUCAGCCUCAAACGUCCAAUAGAUGAUGAUGGUGACACAGAAAUGGAAAUUGUUGAGGAAGCCGAACUAUUAGGUCUCUUACCAGAAGGAAGUAAAGAGAUUGGAAUCUUGCGAAAAACUCUUUCCAGGAGUUCCUUGGUUGUUGCUCCUGAAGGACAUGACGAAGAAAAGGAGAACACAGCCAAGAGAGAGGAAGGUUCCGAGGAUACAGACGUUACCAUGGAGGAAGAGGUAUCUGAACAUGUCCAACCUGAAAACAAAGUUAUUGAUUGUGCUGGGGUGAGGACCUUGGAUAAUUGUUCCAUGGCUGGAGAAUCCAUUCAUCAAAGUUGUGAAGAAGAAAAUGUUGAGGCCGCUUUGAAGAAAUCCAUGUCGAAGAGGCUUGAUAGUGAUCUUUCUCGAGAGCCUAUUGAAGUAGAGUGUCUUCCAUCGCUGGCCAUUAAUUUGCAUCAAGGAGUAAAAAGGGAAUUGGUAGAAGAAACAGCCUCAGAGCAAUGUGAAGACUACAAUGAAAGAACUACUGAAAACUCUUCUAAAUGCUUGGAUGGUGAUGCAGCUUUUACGGACCUUAGCAUAGUCACAAAUGAUAAAUCUCCCAUUUUAAAGUCACCCACUCCAAGCGUUUCACCAAGAGUUAAUAGCAGUAGGAAAAGUCUUAGGACAUCAUCGAUGCUGAGUGCUUCUCAGAAGGAUCUUAGAGAGAGUAAGUUGGACGCACCACAUUUGUCCUUUGCAAAGCCUUCUAACAGUAUUUGUUUGAACUCUCAACCUAAUCAGAGAAGUAAAAGUUGUUUCACGUCGACUGAGCAUUUGGCUGCUAGUCUACAUAGGGGACUUGAAAUUAUAAGCAAUCACCAAAGUACAUCUUUGAGGCGGUCCUCAUUCAGAUUUUCUUGCAAACCUGCUGAUAUUAGAGCAAUUAUACCAGUUGCUAAAGCAGAUGUGGGCGUCCAAACAAGUAUUAGAGAUUCAAUAUUUUUGUGUGGUAAAUGUAAGGCAAGAAACUCCAAGGAAGAGACUAAAGAUGCCAAAAAUGACUCAAAUAUGCAGUUGGUACCAGUUGAUGGAUCACAGUUGGUACCUGCUGAUGGAUCACAGUCCUGUGGAAAGUUCAAGAUUCAAGUACCCAAAGCAGUAGAAAAGGUAUUGGCAGGAGCAAUACGGAGAGAGAUGGCACUGGAAGAAAUAUGUGCCAAGCAAACUUCUGAGAUCAUGCAACUCAACCGCUUGAUUCAACAAUACAAACUUGAGCGAGAAUGCAACGCCAUUAUUGGCCAAACACGGGAGGAUAAGAUUGUUCGCCUUGAGAGCUUAAUGGAUGGAAUCCUACCAACAGACGAGUUCAUGGAGGAUGAACUGUUAUCACUCACUCAUGAGCAUAAGCUUCUGAAGGAGAAAUAUGAAAAUCAUCCAGAAAUUUCAAGUGCGAAAAUUGAAUUAAGAAGAGUUCAAGAUGAACUGGAACGGUAUCGUAACUUCUUUGACUUAGGUGAGAGGGAAGUUUUGCUGGAGGAGAUUCAGGAUUUGAGAAGCCAGCUCCAGUUUUAUGUAGAUUUUUCACCAAAGUCAUCCAAGAAAGGAAAUUCACCUCUGCAAUUAACUUAUCCAUCUGAGUCAAGUGAGCCUUCGCCUUUAUCCACUAUUCCAGAGUCAACUGAGGCGAGUGCUGAACAGAGACUUGAAAGAGAGAGGAUUCAAUGGGCUGAAACAGAAAGUAAGUGGAUUUCUCUUGUAGAAGAAUUGAGGUUAGACUUAGAUGCUAGCCGCAGCAUGGCGGAAAAGCAUAAACAAGAACUAGAUUUGGAGAAGAAGUGCUCGGAAGAGCUAAAAGAAGCAAUGCAGAUGGCAAUGCAGGGACAUGCACGCAUGCUUGAACAGUAUGCUGAACUCGAGGAGAAACAUAUGCAAUUGCUUAUCAGGCAUAGGAAGAUCCAAGAUGGUGUAGAGGAUGUCAAGAAAGCAGCUGCAAAGGCAGGAGUCAGGGGUGCUGAAUCCAAAUUUAUCAAUGCUCUUGCUGCAGAAAUUUCAGCUCUAAAAGUCGAAAGGGAAAAGGAGAGGCGAAUUUUUAGAGAAGAAAAUAAGGGGCUUCAGGCUCAACUGAGGGAUACUGCUGAAGCUGUACAAGCGGCUGGUGAAUUGCUUGUGCGGCUUAAAGAGGCAGAAGAAGCUAUUGCAGCCGCUGAGAAACGAGCCAUUGAAGCAGAGCAAGAAGCUAACGCGGCUUACAAACAGAUUGAUAAACUGAAGAAGAAACAUGAAAGGGAGAUCAACAAUUUGAAUCAGUUACUUGAAGUAUCAUCUCAACCUAAAGAAAGAUCAGAAGCCAUAUACGAUAAUUCCGUGACAGCAACAUAUGAAGUAGGGGAGGUGAAUAACAACGGUGAUAAGCAGUGGACAGAAGAAUUCAAGUCAAUCUACAAUAGAGAAGAGGACUUGACAAAUUUAGGAGAGCCAUCUUCUUGGUUCUCAGGAUAUGACAGAUGCAACAUAUAGACUAGGAAAUGUUUGAUGUAAAGGUGGUGUGUUGUAUGUACCAAUAAUAGUGUUAUAUGAUAUGGUUUUGGAAAGGUGUAGCUUUUCUCUUCAAAUUUCAAUGAUAGGAAUUGUAUCACCAAUUGUGAAAAAAACAACUUACUGGAUCAUUCAAGCUCUUUGUAUCCAAUUUCUAAAAUUGCUCAAUGGGAAUGAAAAAAAUGAUUUGUUUUGCCCAA